AGGGAAUGCGCGCGCGCGCGGGAGCUCGAGAUCUUUGUGACGUGACUGAACGUGUCUGCCGACCCGACGAUUGGGACUGGCAUACUGAGAGGACACGGUUUUAAAUCGUGCAAGUGAUGUUAGUGUGUGUUGUGAAUGAAUUCACGUAAUGUGAAACAGAUUUUUUCGCUGACAUUUUAAAAAUCUGUGUUUUCUUUUUUAUUAAUGAGCUACCAGUUAUUCCCGUGAUUCGAAAGCAGUGUUCUUGUCGAAAUGGCGCAACUUAAUAAAAUGAUAAUUCAGGGUAUUCGGAGCUUUGGCCCUGAUGACACUGAUAAACAAUUGGUAACAUUUUAUUCACCAUUAACUCUGAUUCUUGGGCAAAAUGGAUGUGGAAAAACAACGAUUAUAGAGGCACUGAAGUACGCAAUAACUGGUGAACUGCCACCGGGUGGCAAACUAGGACACUCAUUUGUAUACGAUCCAAAGUUAGCAAGACAAACUGAGGUGUUGGGUAAAGUACAAUUGAAAUUGACAGAUGUGAAAGGAAAGGAGUUAGUGGUAACUAGAUGUGUCCAAGUUACUCAGAAAAAAACAACAAUGCAGUUUAAAACUGUUGAUACUUCUGUAUCACGAAAAGGACCAGAUGGUUUGCCUGUGCAAAGUAGUGGUCGAUGCAUUGAUGUAGAUAUAGAAAUGGCUACGUCAAUGGGAGUGUCAAAAUCUGUUAUUAAUAAUGUAAUUUUGUGUCAUCAGGAGGAAUCUCUUUGGCCUUUGGAUGAAGCAAAGAAAUUGAAAGAGAGAUUUGAUGCCAUAUUUGAUACAGUUCGAUACAAUAAAUGCCUUAUACAAAUACACGAUUUGAGAAAGACUCUGAAAAACGAAAUGGUGGUUUUGAAAAGUUCAUUGGGUCACCUUCUGGACAAGAAACAAGCUGCUUCUCGCAUGAAAGAAUCCAUCAGGGAUACAGAGAGAAGUAUCAAUGUGGCUCAAGAUCAAGUAGACAAAUGCCAGAGUCGAUGUGGUCCUAUUGAUACGCGUUUGCAAGAAAUAAUUGAACAAGAAAGUGAUAUUAUUCAACAUUACAGUCAAGUGGAAAAAUUGCAAACACAAAUAAAAAACCUUCGUCAGCAACAAGAAGAAUUGAAAAAAAAUAUUCCCAAGCGAUUCGAAGGAACAAUUGAAGACCUCAAAGAUGCAAUCGCUAAUUUUCAUACCCAACUUCGUGAAAAAGAAGAAGAACAAAGAGACCUUAUUAAUCGCAUUGAUACAACCAAAAAUGAAGAAAAAAAGCUAACUGAUGAACUUAGUUUGAAAGUAAAGAGAAUUGGACAAUUAGAAUCAUUUCAACAAAAUAAUAAAAGAGAGGUUAAAAGUCGUAAUACUUUCCUUGAGAAGCUGCGUAAGGAUUUGGAUUUAGAAGGAGCUGUAGUUUCAUCUGAAGAGAGGAAUGUGAGAGCACUAACAGAGAAAGUACACCAGAAAAUUCGUGAGAAAAAAGAAGAGGUGAUACAGCUGCGUAAUGAUCUUGACGAAGAUGAAAAACGCCACCAGAGUCGAUUGGAUUCUCUUAGAGACACAAAAGUUAAAAAGGAGCAGGAAGUUAAAAUGAAAGAGCAGCAAAUUCAAAGCAAGGUGGAAAGGGCAGCAAGUCGCCUUGCUCAAGUGGAAAAGGAGUUGUCAGAAGUGAAAGCAAAUUUGGAUCAAGUCUCUGGGGAAAUGAAUGUUGAAGAUAUGAAGAAUGAUAUUAAGAGAUUUGAAGAUGAUGAGCACAGGCAAGUUUUCAAUGAACAGAUACCAUUGUAUUGAGUUAACCAAGAAUUGGAAAAGGUGUACCAAGAAGUCCAGGAAUUGCAUAAGCAUAGUAAAACUCACACUCGUAUUGCUUUGAAAGAAUCUGAGCUCAGCAGUAAGGAAGCAGAAUUAAGUAGACUGAAGAACAAAAAUGGAGAUACUCUAAAACAUUUAUUAGGAUCAGUUCCAGAAAUAGGUCUGAAAAGGAAAUUUGAUGAAUGCUUAGACCAAAUAGUUCAAGAUAUAAAUAAUAAAAACAGUCAAUUGAGGGCUAUUCAGAAUGAAAUUUCCAAAAUAGAAGUGAAUCGCCGACAUAAGAAAGAACAAGUUGAUGCAAAAGAGAAGGAAGUAAAAGAGGAUGAGGAAAAAAUUUACGAACACUGUGAAGAUCGUGACUUAGAAGAUGUAAUUCGAGAUUUGGAUGAUAAAAUCAAGGAAAUGAGGGAUAUGAAAGGAAUGUUAUCAUCUCAAGAAGUCCUUUUCCAAAAAUAUGUUCAAAAACUGCAAGAGAGAGAUCCUUGCUGUCCUUUAUGUCACAGAAAUUUUGAAAGAUCAGAUGAUGCUGCUACUCUUAUUGAUGAGUUAAGGAGUGAAGUUCGAACUGUGCCGGUCCGACUACGAAAUAAUAAUGAGAAAUUAAUAAAAUGCGAGCGACAAUAUGAAACUCUUCUGCAACUGAAAUCUACAAAUGAUCGUCUCAAAAAUGGAAAAGAAAUUGUGAUUCCAAAAUUGAAAAAAGAACUGAAAGAUGUGGAAAAUCAGCUUAAAAAUGCACGGGAAAAAUCAGAAGAAUUACAAAAUGACUUGCUGACUCCACAAAUGGAUGAAGGAAUGGCGAGAAACAUUCAGGGAGAUGUCUUCUUAAUGGACAAGUGUCUGUCUGAACUGAAGAUUUGUAAGACAGACCUUUCAACAUUGAAAGCUGAAAUACCACCAGCAGAGAGUGGGAGAAGUUUGGAGGAAGCUCAGAAAAUGCAGGAUGAUUUGCGGAAGGAAGUAGCUGAUCUCCGUCAAAGCUUGAAAUCAUCCAAAACUUUAUUAGAAACUCAUACUGAUAAAGUUCAAAAACUUCAUUCUAAAAAAAAUUCUCUUGUUGAGGAGCAGUUGAAGAUACAAGGAGGAACACAGCAGUUGCAACAAAUGCGUGAAAACCUUGCAGAACUGGAAGUACAAUUGGCUGAUUUGGAGGAACAAGUACAGUUACUGAAGUCUGAUGUGACAAUAGUAAGAAAGGACUGUGAUGAUGCUCGCCGUACACUUGAAGAAGUGAAGACAAAUAACCGUACUCAAAUAAAAGCAGAAGAUGCUAAGGUAAAUGAAUUGGAAAACCGGUUCAAGGAUCUCGUGAAAUAUAAUGUAUCUAUUGAUGAAUAUGAUCGACGUGGUUAUAGCAAUGAACUUACAUCUGCUCAACAAUCACUGACUGAUCUAAAUCGUGACAAAGAGGAUUUACAGAAGAGGCAUAUUGAGCUUGCAGAUCGUGUUGAUCAGUUGAAAAAUGAAAUUUCUGGACAGAAGUUGCAUGAUCGUGAACUUCGAGAUAAUCUUCAACUAAUGGAAAAAGAAAAAGAGGAAGAAAAAAAGGCUAGUGAGUUACAGAGUCUCUCAAGGAAACAUGGAAGCGUGCAACAAAGUUACAAUCAGAUAAAGGAUGAGAAGAAAAAACUUGAAACAGAACGCCAAUCCAUCAUGAAAGAAUCUCAACAAGCUGAAGGAAGAGUUGAAGAAAUGCGCAAACGUUUGAAGGGUUUGCAGAAAGAAAUGGCCGAGGAAAUGUAUGAGGAUGCUGAUAAAAAAUAUAGUAAUGCUUUGAGAGAGAAAACGGUGAAAGAAAUAGUUGAUACUGACUUAGCCAAGUACCAUAAAGCCAUGGAAUGGGCAAUGACACAAUUCCAUCAGGAGCGCAUGAAAGUAAUCAAUGAAAUUAUUCAUGAUUUAUGGCGCAAUAUCUACAGAGGAAAUGACAUUGACUACAUAAAGAUUGAAGCAAAUGCUCCAGAUGUUACAAGUGAUACUAAAAGACGUUCAUAUGACUAUCGAGUUGUACAAGUAAAGAAUGACAUUGAAAUAGAUAUGCGUGGUCGAUGUAGUGCAGGACAGAAGGUUCUGGCAUGCUUAAUUAUUCGUCUGGCAUUAGCAGAAACACUUAGUUCCCAGUGUGGAAUUUUAGCAUUGGAUGAACCUACAACCAAUCUCGAUCGUGAAAACAUAGAGAGUUUGGCAGAGGCCCUUGCUCAGGUAGUAAAUACAAGAAUGGUAAAUAAAGGAUUUCAGUUAAUUGUUAUUACUCAUGAUGAAGAAUUUGUAAGCCAUAUGAAACAGAGUGGUCAGUUAUCUCAUUAUCACAUUGUGACUCGAAAUGAAGAGGGCAAAUCAAGAAUUACAAAACAUGUUGUCCAGUAGUCAGUUUUUAUUGCGGUUCAUCAGUGCAGAUAUUCCAGAUUUGAACUGAAAAAGUUUUCUUUGUGAUAAGAAAUAAUGAUUCGUGUAAAUAUACUUCUUAGAGACUAUUUUUAUCUACAAGUUUGUUCAAGCUAUUAAAAGUUUGUAUUGAAAU